AGAUCUGCUGUGUGGAGCGGAAGUCAGAUAGAUAGACACGAAGCAACAGCAACGUGACUCCAAAUGACCAGCAGUAGCGCGGAAAAUUAAUGCUUCCAGGAAACUUGGUUUCUUUCGCUGUUACUCUUAUGAAUGGUUGUAUCUCGAUCAAGACUUGUAUUGCAAAUGAAUUUCCCAAGGCAGGCAGCAAUUCGAACUGUGAGGUGGUAGUUGCAGUUAGCAGGUCAAUCAUCGCAUCAGUCGCGUGCCAACUCGCUGUCAAAAUAAACGCUGCCUCUGAACUGAUGAGCAGUAGUGGCUAGUUGUUUCUCCCGUUCCCACCUCACCAUUCAGCCCCUCACCUUCCAAUCAGCUUCAGUAAUUAUUAGCGUCUGAUCCGUCGCUACCAAACAGCAACGCGUGCGCGACACCCCACAGUUAACCAACCAUGGAAGCUGCAGAAAGCAAGCAGCAGCAAUCCAACACAACUUCCUUGUUUCUCUGCAACAUCAACUCCUUCCUUCCUUCUCUGCAACAUCAACUUCCUUCUCUGCCUGUGCAGGGGGCGGGCAUUAGCAGAAGCAGCUCUACUUUGCCCAUGGAACACGCGCAUGGCGGCACAUUAUGUGCAGAGGACCAAAAGAAGCCACUGACGGUGACGAGCUGCCUGCUGCCAGCACGCAGCCUGAGAUCAACAGCAGCCGUUGCCCCUGCUGCUCAAGCUCAAAGCCAGGCCGACGGCGAUCUCGGCAUCCGGUCGCUGUCCUUCUCAAAGAUCUUGAGCUUCAGAAUGGCCAGGGCGCCCUCAUCGCUGUCCACCAACUCAGACAACUAUAUUGAUCAACUUGAUCAUCAUGUCGCCGCCGCAAAGGGUAACAGCACCAAACAGGAGAGGGAGGAGGAGGAGAAGCUGAAGCAGGUAUGCCGCUCGCAGUCUGUGCCUGCAAGCGUCAGCCGGUUCAAGCUCACAAAGGGGUUGAGGAGAGUGGCGGCGGAAGAAAACAUCCGAGUGUUCCGGCUCAGAGUGGUUCCACUUGUUCCUCCGGAGGCGGGCGUCACCGCUGCCGGAGAGGAAGCAGCCGCGGCCGAAGACAUUGCGGCGGAGGAGGCGGUGUGCCGCAUCUGCAUGGUGGCGCUGUCGGAGGAGGCGGUGCUGAAGUUGGAGUGCUGCUGCAAGGGGGAGCUGGCCCUGGCACACAGGGGCUGCGCCAUCAAGUGGUUCAGCAUCAAGGGCAACGGCACCUGCGACGUCUGCAGCAAGGAGGUGCUCAACCUUCCCGUCACCCUGCGCCGCCUCCAUGACCAUCCUCCAUCCAUUAUUCAUCAGGCUCAGGGUGCUCAGCAGCAAGCCGAUGCCGAUCGUACGGCCGCCACCACCCCCAGCAGAUACAGAGUGUGGCACGGCACGCCGAUCCUCGUGAUCAUCAGCAUGCUCGCCUACUUCUGCUUCCUGGAACAACUGCUGGUCGGCGACCAUGGCACCGCAGCUCUGGCCAUCUCCUUGCCCUUCGCCUGCGUCCUCGGCCUAUUCUCCUCUCUAACCACAACAAAGAUGGUGUCCAGGAGAUAUGUAUGGAUCUACUCUGCCGUGCAGUUCCUCUUCAUUGUGCUCUUCACCCACCUCUUCUACAGAUAUGUGCGGAUGCAAGCUGUGAUCGCCAUCAUCCUGUCCACCUUCGCCGGAUUCAGCGUGGCCAUCUGCACCAACUCCGUCCUCCUCCAGAUUCUCAAAUGGAGGGCCAAGCAUGUGGCAUCAUCGACCACAACCACAACUGGUGAAGACGGUCAUGGUUCCAGGGAGCCACCAGCAGCGGACCUUGAGACUGCUUUGCCUCCUCCGUAGCUCACUUCACUACCAUCCAAUCCUCUUUAGUUCAGUUCAGUUCAGCUCAUUCCAACUCCAGCUCCCCCUCCAGCUAGAGCUUCCUGUGUUUGUAUAUAGCUCCAUCCUUUUGUUUUCUGAGAUCUUGUUGUAUGAAAUGAACCGUGCUUAAUCCGAGACAGUGACCACCACAUCCCACUUUCUCCAAAACUGAAAAGAAAAGUGCUGGCAGGAAAACAAACAUAUAAAGGAAAGGAUUUGCUUUUUAUUCGA